AUGCGACUGCUCAACACGACAAACCGGCGUCUGGAGCCUGAUCACUUCGCCGGAAAGAGGAUUCCGCCUUAUGCAAUCUUGUCCCAUACGUGGAGAGACCGCGAAGUGACCUAUGCGGACAUAACAGCACCCAACCCAGAGGAGCUCACAGCAUGGGAUAAGGUUGUCUGGACCUGCCGUCUGGCAGAGGCCGCGGGCAUCGAGUACGCAUGGAUCGAUUCGUGCUGCAUUGAUCGAAGCAGCAGCACGGAGUUGAGCGAGGCGAUCAACAGCAUGUACAAGUGGUAUGAGAGAGCUGUGGUCUGCUAUGCGUGGUUGUCGGAUCUGGUUGAGACUGGCGAUCUGGCAGACACCUUGUCAACUUGUCGUUGGUGGAAAAGAGGUUGGUGCCUGCAGGAACUUCUUGCCCCUGAAAAGGUGUUGUUCUACGAUAAAGCAUGGAAUCUGCGAGGUUCUAAGUAUGAACUCAGAGCUACCAUAUCACGCAUCACCUCCAUCGACGCAAAGGUACUCACUCGUCAGCUGCCUCUCAAACGCGUACCCAUUGGUGCAAGAAUGUCGUGGGCAUCCGGUCGCGAAACAACCAGGAUUGAAGACAUCGCAUACUGUUUGCUCGGCAUAUUCAACGUCAAUCUGGCACUCGUGUACGGCGAAGAAGAAAAGGCCUUCAAGAGGUUGCAACUAGAAAUUGUUGCCUCAAGUUCAGAUGCGUCAAUCUUUUACUGGAAGCUGCCGAGAAGCGACCAUGGCUUUGGACAUGCACUCACUAAGUCAGUUUACUGCGGAGUUCUCGCACCAUCACCUGCAGCAUUCAGCUGUGCUCGAUCCCUGACGGCGCGAGAUCUCUAUCGAGCUCAAGAAUACACAGUGACAAACAUGGGAAUCAAGGCCAAUGAUCUUGUGGUGACUCAGUAUUCGACUGACUUGAGCAGCAUGAGGUACGUGCUUCCACUGAGCUACGAGGGAUUCCGUCUGCGGCGAAUGACAGCCGUUCGACUGCGAAAGUGUGGUAGGGAUACCUUUGUCCGCGAAGAUCCAGAGACGUUACUGGACGAAACGGAGAACUUCCAAGCAACCGAAGCCGAGAAAUACUUGCUCACCGAAGUGCCUGCGGAGCAGACUCCCUUCGGCAUGCUACCUGACUCGGCAUUCGCGAUUGCACAUACCAGACAGUCUGUCCUGCAGAUCGAGCAUUCUCCCUGGGUCAACCUUAGCCGAGCUUUCCCUGGAAGUACCUUCGAUUUUCAGGACAAGGUCUUUUUUACUCCAGUGGAGCUCAGCGCAAACCACGAUGAUUACGAUCGUGCUUUGCUGAGAUUGGUGAUACGCCCGUACCAUGAGACAAAAGGAGAUCGGGCAGCAGAGACCUUCGAAUGCUGCCUUGUUGCGCUGGGCUGGUCCGGCUUCGAGGAAGAAGAUCUGACUCUCUCCUUGGUCAGCAGGAAGUCUUCACAUCGCCAGUCCGUAGAUAUGAUUGAGUCUCGUGCGGCAAUGUGGGAUAUCACGACCGCCGACAUCUUGCGACUGAUCAAAGAGAAUCGCAUACCAUUCGCACAGGAGAUUCGCUUUCAUGAUACGGAAAGCAAUCGGAUGGUUGUGAUACGAGUGCGGGCAGUGCGCACAACUGAUGUUGCUGUGUGCCCCUAUCCUUUCUGGAAAGUUGGAAUUACUUGCGAAGAAGAGCAGGUUCCGCGAGAACAGAAGCGACCACAAAGAAUGGUAUCGGCCGCGUAUAAAUGGUUGCAAGGCCGUCAUGAUCCAGAUUUGGCGGAAGGCAAUAGCAAGGUGAAAGUUUCCCAUCAUUCGUACAAGGCGAGUGGCUGGGGAGAUGGAGGCGGAGGCUCAGGAUGGCGUGGUCAUUCACCAGAGCCUCCACCGCGUCCAGGACAUGGCCCUCCGGAUAUGCUAUAA